UUUUUCAUCUCUCUUAACAAUCUCGCAUCAUGAAUACGGGUGUUUGAUUCCAUCACUCGGAACGUCUUUUUCAUCUCUCCGGCAAUCCCCAACAACCCAUCGGUUUCUUACCUUGUUGGAAAUUGCAACCCACACCUUGAUAUCCAUUUUAAAAAAGAGUACAGCCGCUACUUUUUUAUAUCUUUCUCUUUUCUCCCCCCACCGGAAAAAAAACGAUCUCUCUUUGCCGGAACGUCGAUUUCUAUUAAACGAACCGAAGCUAAAAGGAACGCGAAUUUCAGCCUUGAUACGUCAAAUCAGAGGUGGUGGCUACUAUGGUGCUGCUCCAUAUAGAUCAAGAGAAGGGCUUAGCACCAGACAAGGAACUGGUUCUGAUGAAAUUCAACUGCGCAUUGAUCCAAUGCAUGCAGAUCUAGAUGAUGAGAUCAGUGGCCUCCGAAAGCAAGUUAGGCAGUUAAAGAAUGUAGCCUCAGAGAUCGAGUCAGAGGCCAAAUUUCAGAAUGAGUUUAUUAACCAGCUGCAAAUGACCCUUAUUAAAGCACAAGCAGGAGUGAAGAACAACAUGAGGAAAUUAAACAAAAGCAUCAUUCUGUCUGGUUCAAGCCAUGUUUUGCACGUCGUCCUCUUUGCCCUUUUUUGCCUCUUUCUUGUCUAUAUCUGGUCCAAGUUUUCACGAAGAUGAUAGGUAAGAUGUGUUCCAUAAACGUAAAACAUGUUUUAUUUGAAGAGUUGAAGGGUUCACUAGAUGCUAGCAAAUACUAUCUUAAACUGUGUGUUUGUUUACAUGUAAAGAUUACAACUAAUGUGAAACGUUACAAAGUG